AUGGCCGCCGCCAAUUCCCUCCUGCACGCACCAGUCCCCCGCGGGGCCGCCGCCACCCGCUCGCCCCUCUCUCCUCCCGCGCCCACUCCUCCCUUCCUCCUCCGUCUCCGCGCUCGGCGCCCUCACCGCCGCCUCCUCCGCUCCUCCUCCCCGACCGCCGCCUCCGACCUCACCGCCUUCCCUCCCCCGAACCCGAACGGGAUCUUCGCGUCCGACCCUCCCAUCGACGUGGACGCCGCCACGGAGGCGGACCUGCGGGAGAACGGGUUCCGGAGCACGCGCCGCACCAAGCUCGUCUGCACCGUGGGCCCCGCCACCUCGUCGCCCGACCAGCUCGAGGCGCUCGCCGUCGGCGGGAUGAACGUGGCCCGCCUCAACAUGUGCCACGGGGACCGGGAGUGGCACCGGGCCGCCAUCCGCGCCGUCAGGAGGCUCAAUGAGGAGAAGGGAUUCGCCGUCGCCGUCAUGAUGGACACCGAGGGCAGCGAGAUCCACAUGGGCGACCUCGGCGGCGCGUCCUCGGUCAAGGCGGAGGAUGGAGAAGUAUGGACGUUUAGCGUUAGAUCAUUUGAACUGCCUCUCCCAGAACGAACUAUUAAUGUGAACUAUGAUGGAUUUGCUGAAGAUGUGAGAGUUGGUGAUGAGCUUCUUGUGGAUGGUGGAAUGGCUCAGUUUGAGGUGAUUGAGAAGAUAGGACCAGAUGUUAAGUGCCGUUGCACAGAUCCUGGUUUAUUGUUGCCACGUGCCAAUCUUACAUUCUGGCGUGACGGCAGUAUCGUCCGUGAGAGGAAUGCUAUGCUUCCUACAAUUUCAUCAAAGGAUUGGCUUGACAUAGACUUUGGAAUUGCCGAAGGUGUAGAUUUCAUCGCUGUUUCAUUUGUCAAGUCUGCAGAAGUAAUUAAACACUUGAAAAGCUACAUAGCUGCAAGGGGCCGUGGCAGUGAUUUAGCAGUCAUUGCAAAAAUUGAGAGCAUUGACUCUUUAAAGAACCUGGAGGAGAUCAUCCGUGCAUCAGAUGGUGCCAUGGUAGCCCGAGGGGAUAUGGGGGCACAGGUUCCCUUGGAGCAGGUCCCCUCAAUACAACAAAAGAUAGUUCAACUGUGCAGGCAGCUUAACAAGCCAGUCAUUGUUGCUUCUCAGCUUCUCGAAUCGAUGAUAGAGUAUCCCACACCCACCAGGGCCGAAGUUGCAGAUGUUUCUGAAGCUGUCCGCCAGCGAGCUGAUGCUCUAAUGCUUUCUGGCGAGUCUGCAAUGGGGAGGUACCCGGAUAAGGCUCUUAGUGUUCUAAGGAGCGUUAGCCUAAGGAUUGAAAAGUGGUGGAGAGAGGAGAAGCGUCAUGAGGCCCUGGAACUUCAAAGUGUUUCAUCUUCCUUCUCUGACAAGAUAUCAGAAGAGAUCUGCAACUCAGCAGCUAAAAUGGCUAAUGGCUUGGGAGUAGACGCCGUUUUUGUUUUCACCAAGACUGGCCACAUGGCCUCCCUGCUCUCGCGGUGCCGCCCCGACUGCCCAGUUUUCGCCUUCACAACCUCGACGUCUGUCAGGAGACGGCUGAACCUCCAGUGGGGCCUGAUCCCCUUCCGCCUCAGCUUCUCCGAUGACAUGGAGAGCAACCUGAACCGCACCUUCUCCCUGCUCAAGGCCAGGGGCAUGAUCCAGUCUGGCGACCUCGUGAUCGCACUCUCAGACAUGCUGCAAUCCAUUCAGGUGAUGAACGUACCCUAA